AAUUAACAACAUAGCUUCUUCUUCUUUUCAUAUCUCAUUCAAUUUAAUAUUGUGUGUAUAUGUCUUUCUGUGCAAAUACAGGCUCAAAUUCUUAUAUGAGUUUUGUUUUUAUUGAAACCCUCCAUUGACAGUGAAUUUUAUGAGAAACCCAUUAAUGAUUUGGUCGUCUUCUUCUAUAUUUUCUUUCCUAAAUGUGGUCUGAUUGCAUAUCAAAAGUUUGUGGUGUCAAGAGUUGGUUCUUGUGUUCUUCAUGAAUUGGGGUUCUAAUUAGUCCCUGAAUUCAACUGUGUGUUUGGGAUUUGAGCAUUUUCAUCUUCUCAUUUCUUCAAAAUUAUUUUUCUAAUUUACAUGUAAAACUUUUUAUUUAAUCCUUUGUGACAGAGCACAUUUGAAACUCUAAUUUUUCUAAUUCAUUUUGUUUUUUUCAAAUUUUCUAGGAUUUCAUUUGUUACAACAAAAAUUGUUUUGUCAAAUUUGUAGUGGGUGAAUUGAUUUUCUUUUCCCAUUCUUUCCAAUUAUUUUGUUAGAAGUUCUUUGAUUUUUUCAAAAAAUUUGUUUGAAUUUUUAUAAAGGCCACUCAUUUUUUUUACUGAUUAUUUUCUAUUUUUUUUUUUUUUUUGUCUUUCUAUUCAAAUUCCAAGUUAAUUUCCCAUUUUGGAAAAUAAAUCACCCAUUGAAAAAAAAAGGAACAAUCAGAGGUGAAAAAAGAAGUAACACCAUGGAUUUCUUAACAGGAUCAUCAAAAAGUUCUUGGCAGCCAGUCAUGACUACAGAUACAACCACCUCAAGUUACUGGCUAAACUGGAGAGUCACUCUCUGUUCCAUAUGGAUCUUAGCGUCAAUGGUUUUUGCUUCCUUUCUUAUCUCGAAAUACGAAGGCCCCAAAAAUUGGAAACAAGGGAGCAGAGAAGACGGGCAAGAACACGCUGCAAUGUUGUAUGAUGAUGAAGUCUGGAGGCCUUGUUUUAAAGGAAUGCAUCCUGUUUGGUUGCUGGCAUUUCGCGUGGUUGCAUUCGUCGUGCUUUUGGCACUUUUGAUCAUAACUGCUGCUGUUGAUGGUGAUAGCAUUUUUUACUACUAUACUCAAUGGACAUUUACACUGAUCACCGUAUAUUUUGGGCUCGGAUCUUUGCUCUCAAUGUAUGGAUGCUACCAAUAUCACAAUCAAGUUGGUGGAAGUAGGAUCGAUAAUGGGGACUUUGAUGCCGAAAAUGGCACCUAUGCAGAAAACUCAAAUGUAGCAAAGUGCUCGGGCCCCAAUGCAGAACAUCAUGUUCGCCAAACAGCAGGCUUUUGGGGCUAUAUCUUUCAAAUUAUUUUCCAGAUGAAUGCAGGAGCUGUGAUGCUUACGGACUGCAUCUUUUGGUUCAUAAUCGUACCAUUUCUUGCAAUCAAAGAUUACCAUCUGAAUUUUUUGAUUAUAAAUAUGCAUACGGUCAAUGCUGUUUUCCUGUUUGGUGAUACCGCUAUGAAUAGCUUACGGUUCCCUUGGUUUCGAAUUGCAUAUUUCUUCCUGUGGACGGCUAUUUACGUCAUUUUCCAAUGGAUCGUCCAUGCCUGUGUCUCGCUCUGGUGGCCAUAUCCAUUUCUUGACUUGUCGUCUCCAUUUUCUCCAAUAUGGUACUCGUCGGUGGCAUUGAUGCAUAUACCAUGCUAUGGUAUUUUUGCCUUGAUUAUGAAGCUGAAGCACUAUCUGUUGUCAAAAUGGUUCCCUCACACCUACCGGUGUGCAAAGUAAUUAGUUUCAACUGAAUUUUUUAUGUGGGAUGAAACUAAUUUCGUAGUCUAGAAAAAUUGUGAAACUCCUCCAUGGGGGAAGCAAGGUACAGAACAGAAGAGGAAGAAGGUGUCCAUAUGGUUAAUAAAGAACAUUUAUGAAUUUAAAUGUUAUGACAAGUCACACACACCUGUAAGUUUUGCUUUGAGGGAUAUACAAAAUUUGUUAAUCAGUGUAAACUUUCUCAGUUUUAAGAUGACCCUUUCAUGAGGAAGUGACACAGUUGUAAGUAAUACAUAGAUGUUGUGAAAAUUUAUAAGAGAAAUUCUUUUUUUCUUUUUUCAGAA